AUGGCGGUCAUCAGCUGCACAUCAGUUGAGCAAAAGCGGGCGCCGAUCGCGCUGGCGAUCCAUGGCGGUGCCGGAACAAUUUUACCGGAAAACCUGAACCCACAACUUGAGGCGCAGAUAACAAGCAAGUUAACAGAAGCUGUGCGGGCGGGUCAUGAGAUACUGGAAGCCGGUGGCAGCAGCUUGGACGCGGUGCAGACUGCGGUGAUGAUUCUAGAAGACUCGCCGUUGUUCAAUGCUGGCAAGGGCGCGGUCUUCAACGCCGAAGGAGAAAACGAACUAGACGCAGCAAUCAUGUCGGGCGCCGAUCUGAAUGCUGGCGCGGUCGCGAGCCUAAGGCGAGUAAAGAACCCGAUUCUGGCAGCGCGUCGCGUGAUGGAAGACUCUCCCCAUGUUUUGCUCGCGGGUCAGGGGGCGGAGGUCUUUGCACAAGCGCAAGGCUUACAACUGGUCGACCCUUCCUAUUUUCAUACGCAGAAGCGACGAGAGCAGCUUGAUAAGGCCAAAGCUCGGGCGCGCCAGAAAUUCGGUCUAUCACUCCGAUCAAUCAACCUGCCGCAUGAUUCGGAUGAAUGGUAUUCAACGGUUGGUGCGGUCGCGUUGGAUCGUCAGGGGAACCUAGCCGCUGGUACGUCGACCGGUGGGCUCACCAACAAGAAGUGGGGCCGGGUGGGUGACGUACCGAUCAUCGGCGCGGGCACCUACGCCAACAACGAGACCUGUGCAGUAUCAGCAACCGGCCAUGGUGAGUACUUUAUCCGUUCGGUGGUGGCCUAUGAUAUUUGCGCCUUGAUGGACUAUCAGAAUAAGACAUUGGCUGAGGCCACCGACGCCGUCGUCAUGAACAAGCUGGUAGCACGUGGUGGCAAUGGCGGUGUGAUUGCUAUCGAUGGACAGGGCAAGGUGUCGCUACGUUUUAACACCGCUGGUAUGUAUCGCGCAGCCAUUGACGCCGAUGGCCGAUUGACUGUGGGUAUCUACCGCUAA